AUGCCCCUCUCCUUUUUUCCAGACCUCCAAAGAAACAGGCUCCCCACAUUGUUCGAAGUCCUAUCUCGCCGAGUCCUGCCGCCUGUUGAUCUCUUCUCGUUCUACGUUUUUAUGAGGGACCAGCAAAGAUCAAGCCUAUGUGCGGGAACUGAGGAGUGCGGUCCUCUCCUCAACACCAGAACCAACGAUCUAGUCAGGCGCUACGCCUCUCUCAGGAUGAUCAACCGACAGAGGUUCCAACCCCACCGCCAGUUGAUUUGGGCUCUUCAGAUGACCAGAUCCCGAGUAUCUGCUUUUCUACGAGGAGAGGGAACUUCAGGGCGAGCUACUUCAUCUGAUGCAAACAACGCUCAAUCUGUCCCCGUUACUGGGAGUAGCGUUCGACCUUCAGCGGACCAAAGCCCAGCUACCGCCGGCACGGUUUCAAGACAGGAUAUUCGGGCCUCAGCAGAGAAGAUAAUCUUCACCUACACGAUUCCCGGCGCAGAACGGGAGAUCAUUCUUCCCAGGUCUAUCACAGAAGAUCUAAUCAAUGCGGUGGAAGUAUCAGAGCGUGACGACCCUGAAGUUUUUGAUGCUGCCAAAGACUACGUCUUUCAGUCCAUGGAGAGAGACGCCUUCCCCGGCUUCUUGCGUAUGAAGGCUUUGGCAAAUUUGACAUCGCCUACAAUGAUUCUACAUCUUGUUGUUGGGCUGCUAUCCUUGUUCGCUGCUUUUUGGGUUGGAUUUGUCCUGAUCUUUUUGGAUGCAGGCAGGAGAACGCGGGCUUGGUAUACCCUUGGCCCUACGAUGGCGUUGUUACAAGUGAGCGAGUACACGCCGUUCAGCUUCGUUCGUGUGCGAGAACCAUGUGUUAAGAAAAUACUGAGUCAACGCGGGAUCCUCGUUCUUAUCGUCAUACUUACGCUCGAUGCAGCCUUAUCAACUCUGUUUAUCUUUGUUCCAGGGAAAAGACUAUAG